CAGAUUUCUAGGGAAACAAACAGAAAACAAGACAAAAGCGCACAUAAAUCAGGGCUAGCUGGGGACUGGAAGCAAGGAUGGACCAGGAAGAUGACAAUGGCAAAGUUGGCCUAGAUUUCAGCAGCUACAAAGUUCUCUCGUCAUAUUGUCACGUUACAUAACACCCUUCACCAUUCACCUUUUUAACAGGGAGGAGGACCAUUCACCAUCUCCAUCUGCACCUCCUUCAUUGAUCAGCAUUCAGUAGUAGAAAGAAAAGACACCAACUUUGUUGUUUCCUAAAAUUGUUGUUUACUGUUGUUUGUUAUUAUGAGCUUCCAUCAUCCAUUGCUGUCCACACAUCACAUGUGAAUCCUGUUAAGAACAUGAAAUGGCAUAUUUCGCCUCUCCUCUUCUUCACCCUCUCCCUCUCCCUCUCCAAUCAGACUAUUCCUGACAAAAGUUGUUUCAACAAAAUCCCACAAAUGUCAAAUGGGUUCUGUGGCCUUUUCACCUCCCUCCUUUCCCAUCUCCACCAACUACCUCCCCUAGAUGAUCAAGGCAUCAUGUCAUGCCGACACCGUUGGAUCGAUCGUAUCGUUGAACGGUGAAAGCAUUAUUACAAGGAAAACGAAAUUAUUCAACCAUGCCAGCUCGUAUUAAUCCUUAUUCAUCAACAUGACAAUCAAACGGCAAGUAAAAGAGGAAAAAGGGAGCGAAAUGUGGCAUCUUCCUUCCGAAUGCCAAUUUCUAUCAUUACCAAAAUAGUACGGUUGAACCAUUUUCAAAUAAAACGCGUUUGAAGCGAAAGUGAAGUUUCAAAGAAAUUUAAUCAUUUUCUCUUUGCCGAAACUAAUGAAGCAAAGUUGUUCCUUGCAAGUGUCCCCUUAGCACCGAUAUGGAAUGAAAGCUCCCAAACGAAAGUUGUAAGACUCUUCCCCAUUUAUGUAAUCCUUUGCCACAACUAAUGAGGCCAAGAAGUUGUUUAUUGGGGGCAAAGUGUCCUAUUAGCAUGGAUUAGGUCACGUAACCCAUAUGGGUUUAGUUCACUUAAGUCACCCUUCCAUCGAGUUGCUUUCCAAAGGCUAAAAGAAAGAAACAAGAGGAGCAAAAUGAGGAGGGAAAAGAAAGGGGCAAUUGUCCUCUUAGGGCUCCUCUCUCUCUUUUUUCUCAUACAUGUUGAUUUGCGUAGAAAACAAUCCAUGUAGCACGAGGAAAAGGAAAGAGUACAUCUAGGAGCUUUGUUUUGGUGAUAUUGUUGUACCUUAUGUCUUCCAUCUUGUAUCACAUCUUUGAAUUUGAGAAUUGAGCAUUCCUCUGAUGGAUGACUGCUCUUUCUUUCUUCCCCUUUUGGUCUAAAUUUGUUUCUAAAAGCUACUUCUCUCUUCGUCCUAAGAGAAGAAUCUCAGUUAUCCACCAACUGUCAUUUAUUAUAUAGUACCAGUUUUAGUUGAAACAAUUGGUUAGUCGAAUUUAAUACAAAGAGGUCACCCAGUUUGGAAUUAGGGCUGGCUAUUUGGUCCCGAACUGUUUGGAUUUACCCGAAAUCGGACCGUAUAACUCGGAUCGGGACCAGACUGGGACCGGAUAGCAAACAAUGCAAUCUCAUAUUUGGGCUUAGAUUUGAGGUAUAAAAACCGGAUAAAGACCGGAUAAGAGAACACCUAAAAUCAAGAUAAAAUUGGGACCGGACCGAAUCAAGACCGGACUGUAUCCAAUCCAAUCUUUGGUCCUUAUAUUCCCGAAAAGAUCGGACUGGGACCGAAUCAAUUUGGUUCAAUUUAACCGGACCGAACCGUAUAGCUACCCUAUUUGGAAUAGCUUACAUGAAAUAGUACUAGAACUGUGACUUGGGUCAUAACUAUCUUUCAACCAAGUUCAUUCUCCAAGUCUCAUGACUGUAUCAUAUAUAUGUGUAGCUUUAUAGACUUUGGCCUUCCCACAUGCAAAAAUGGUCCCUCUACAUUCCCACCAUCAAUCGAAAGUACAGUGAUGAACUUGCAAAUUUUCCACCAGAAAUGGAAACAAACAAAGCACAAGGGGGAAAAAGAGAGAGAGGAGAGAAUACAUAUUGAAUUUUUUGUAACAGCGAAAUAAAGCAGGUUUGAUUUUGUUGUUUGUGGGAUAGAAUUAUUAUUAGAACGUAGUGUGUUUUCAAUUUUCAUGCCGUGGAUUUAUACGUCAAACCAAUUGUUUAUACAACUUAUUUAUUCGAGUAUUUAUAUAAUGUGGUUAGCAUAUGUACAUAAAAGAUUCAAAGUAUUUGAUGUAAAUAAUAGAACAGUGUUAUGUGAAUAUCAUAACUUUAUCUUGAACAACAUUUAAAAGCUAUCAUAUCGAUCUUUUUAGAUUGGAAAAUUUAUUCAAAACAAGGUUUGUUUACAAAAAUUUCAAAAAAAAAAAUGUUUACUAACUGUAAAAUGAAAUAAAAAAUGGAUACAAAAAUGUCAUUAGAUUUUGGGUGUUAUCUCCCUAUCAAAAUUUCAUCAAUCAUGGAUCAGUUAGGAAAAAAAGGUGUUUGUAACAGUCACAUCCCAAGAGGAAAUUAUAAAUAGGGGUGUUCAAAUGGUUACCAUGGUUAUUACCAAAUCAAAUAAGGCUAAAUUUCAUUAACCAUGGAAUACAAUAUAAUAACCAAACCGUUCAAACUAAUACAACAACCAAAUUAACCAAACUAAAAUUUAAUCAGUUUGGUUAAUUGGUUAACCAAAUUAACCAAUAUAAAAUCACAUUAUCAUUAGGUGAGAAAAAAUUCGGUUAAUUUAUCGAUUUAUAAUUUAUAUAAUGAAUAAAACAUAACAAUCAACACAUAGUUAUAGUUGACCCUUAACAUAAAUACAAGUAACUAAGACAAUUAUCUUACGGUUAGUAUAGAAGUAUUCACCUAACAAAAAUUUAUCACAAUGGUAUGGGUUAAUGAAUUGUUGUGUUUGUUUGAAUUGACUUAGCCUUUUAGCAUUUUUCAUAGGUUGAAAAUGACAUUGCUUUCAAGUUUUCAUCCAACACAAUGUAUGAGAUUUAUCUAAAUUAGGCGUUCAUAUGUUGUGGUCUACACUCUUGACUCUACAUAUACAAAUAUACAUUAUAGGAACAAUAUAAAGAUUUAUAUUUUAUGAGUCUAAACCGGAUGAACGUUUAACUCUUGAGUGGUUAUUCAAAGUAUUAAUUAUGUGUAUAUAUUAGAUAUAUGGCUAAUUAUUUAUCUGGUUAAUUUGGUUUGGCUGGUUAGGAGUGUCUGAAACCAAACCACUAAACCAAACAAGCUAAAAACUUUAAUCAAACCAAACUAAUUAUCCAAAUUAACCAAACCAAAUUAUCCAAAUAGUAAUGAUUAAAACGGUUAUCAUAGUAACCACACGUUUAAACACCCCUAACUAGCUAUAACGCCUCACAUGAUUCAAAUCACUAACAAACCAAGCUCAUAACUAUUAAGUUCCCUAACCUAAAGACUCCAAUCUUCGAGUAAGAACUCCAACAUGUUCAUUCCCAUUAUAAGUAACCUCAUUCAAACUUAAGAACUCCAACAUGUUCAUUCCCAUCAUAAGUAACCUCAUUCGAACUUUGAAAAAAAAAAAGAUGAAGAACAAUUUAUCAUCUCCAAAUUUUAGACUUACCUCAUUUGAUUAAACAUCGACCACACAUUUACAUCGUAGUAAACCUUCCAGAUCUUUAUGAAGCAAACUCUUUUUUAUUAUUGUCCUAACCCUAUGGACCAUGAAGAACUAAACAACUAACCCACCCAUGGACUAUGACCAUUUUAUAGUCUUAGAAAUUCUCUCGUACAAAUUGUUUUCAGUUUUUGGUACUCGUGGUUCUUCAUUUCUGGUUGGAGAUGCAUGUUCUUGUUGGCCAAACCCACGUCGAGAUGUUUGUGGAGAAGAAGGACAAACCAAUGGCACCAUAAUAAUUUCUUAUAAAUAUAUAUAUAUAUAUAUAUUUUUUUUUUUGGGAAGCACUAUUCAUAGUAAAAAGAACAAAUUAUCCUUUUGGACAGAAUACGAAAAUUUCGGAAGAUAUUGGGAUGAAUAGACCCAUCACUUCCAUCAGCUAAACUUCAAAACAAAUUUGGCUCUCACUAUCACAGAAAAUAACAAUAAUAGUUAUGAAAGACUAAUUUCCGUACCUAAUCAACUACAACACACAAAAAUAAAAAAGGCAAGGGUGUUUGCGGUUUCAUGGACACACUGUCCAUUGAUUCCCUCUGUUUCUUUUGGCAUUCUUCAAUUGCUCCAAAUCCCCAUUUUAUUGUUUUAUUAAUAUUAGUAUUAGUUAAUAUUAAUAUCUUGGUUGAUAUUAUAAUUGUUUUUAGUCAGUCAAAGUGGUGAAGAUACUAAUAAUACAUGCUGACUUAUAACAUAUACAUGAAUCCUAGUUUGACAAUUAUAUUCUCUUCUUUGAAUUGUGAAAACCUGGCCCAAUUUGGUUGUCAUAAUUACUUAUAAAUGCAAACUCUUUCAAAAGUUAUUGCCUUUUUUGGCGAAAAUCAAAUAAAUAUAAACAAAAAGAAUACGUAAAAAUGAGUGACUAGAGCGAAUCAUUACCGAUUAACACUUGGAAGAGAGACUUAAAUUGGCGAUUCGUCCAACUUAUGACACCAUCAGAACAUGAUCAGAUUAACGCGCAUUCCAAUCGAUUUUGUAAUCGGAAUCGACAAGUAACAUAAUCGCGAUCGACAAUUCAAGUUAUCCAACUCAAACAACAAACUCCCGCCCCAACCGACUAAAUCGACACCAUCUUGUAAUCAUUGCCAUAAGCCUCUGUGUUUUUUUACUUUGAAAGGUGCUUGUCAUGAGUCAUAACACAACUUCACCAAGAAGAGUGAACUUAUCUUCUCUUCUCAGUAGUCUUUCUCCUUCAUGGGCAAGGUGAUGAUAACUUGGCAACUAAUCCAGAAGUGGAAAGGGCAAAAGUAAGGUACUGGAGACUGGAGAGGAACCAAAUUGUACCAGUAGUCUAGUACAGCUUCAGCCUUCAUUCAUACAAGGGAAGCAGCAAACGCGUAAGAAAAAAGGAGGGAAACAAACAAAGCCUUCCAUAUUUUUUUACCGCGAACCAGAAAGAGAGGGAAAGGAACGGAGUGGUGUGAGUAAUAAGUAAUAGUAAAUGAUGGUGGUUAAAGUAAACGAAAAGCACCCAAUUUGGGGUUUCUUCAUCCUCAAUGUCUUACAAAUUCUACCAAAUUCGAAAAAUAGACUGGUUUACAGGUUAAGUGAUUGAAAAACAGUUUAACUCGUAUUAAACUACAGUUUUAUUACAGAAUAUUCUUACACUAAUUUUUUCGAUACAACUUCGAUUUGAGAUAAUUAUGACUUGGGGAGGAAGAGUCAUCUUUCGUAGGAUGGUCAAGCUGCAAGGAUGAGGUAAGGAGAGAGAGCAGUUAAGAGCCCAGCCAAAUUGGGUUUCAGAGAUGUCACAUGGAUUGAGUUUUGGAUUUUACUGGCAAUGGGUUAGAAGCUGGGAGCUCUGGAGAGAGAAGAGAGAAGAGGAAAGCAGUAAUUUUUAGUAAAGUAGUAUGGGAGUUAGAAAAUCUAAUAUAAUUAGAAUUUUUUUGAAAAUAAUAGUGGGGAGGGAGGGAGGGAGAGUAACCAGUAAGUAGCCUAGUUCUGGUAGUAGCAGCAGCAGCAGUAGUGGUGGGUACUAAUAAAUAACACUAAAACCAUCAAAGCUUUCUUUGCCAUUGCUUCUCCCUCUGGAAACAAAGGAAGAAAAUUGAGAAUUGGGUUAGUGAGAGAGAAGGAAGAAGAAGCAAAAGCCCUUUCCUUUCUCUCUUUUGUUUUUGUUGGUUUUUUGCAGCAGCAUCAUCAUCAAUCCCAUUCCAUCCCACAACACCAUUAAACCACACUCAGGCUCUCUCUCUCUCUCUUCCUUCACUCUGCUUCUUCCAUACCCUGUCUGCUUCUCUUUCCUUCUUUAACCCUGAAAUAGAGGAAGCAAGAGAAGAAAGUUUUUAAUGUGCACCCACCUCUCUGCUCCACCUUCUUCUUCCUCUCUCCCCUUCUUCCUCCUCCUUCCUGUUCUUCUUGUGCAUUCUGACUGACUCCCUUCCACCAUCCUUAUCUCUCUCCCUCUCUCCUCAUUUUGCUCUCUGGGUCCUUGUUUCCAUUGCUAUACACAAUCACAUAACAGAGCCAGUUGACAGAGCACAUCACCAGGCAAACCCACCAUUUCUGUAGCUUUGGUUCUAGUUCCUUUUUCAAUCCCUUUUUUCUUCUGUCAAACAGAUCUAAUUUUACCCAUAACGCACCCCAUUUACCCAUACCCAUAACUGGAAGCUUCUUUCUGAGACAACACAACAACUGGGGAGCUAUGAGUAAAGAAGAGUUCUUAAAGAUCCAGACCUGCGUUCUCAAAGUUAACAUACACUGCGAUGGCUGCAAGCACAAGGUCAAGAAAAUCUUGCAGAAGAUUGAUGGGGUGUUCAAAACCCAUAUAGAUUCAGAGCAGGGGAAAGUGACGGUUUCAGGAAACGUCGACCCUGCUGUCCUGAUCAAGAAGCUCAACAAAGCAGGGAAACAUGCUGAGCUCUGGGGCGCCCAAAAGCCCAACGGCAACAAUAACAACAAUCACAAUCUCAAUCAACUGGCCAAUCAAUUGAAGAACAUGCAAAUUGAGCACGGCAAAGGCGGCGGCGGCCCGAAUAACGGCAAAGGUGGCGGCGGCGGCCAGAAGGGCGGCGGGGGACACCCUGCCGGUCAUAACAAUAACCCCCAGAACCAUCUCAAAGGAGGCGGUGGCGGUGGGCAUCAGCUGAACCCACAACAGCUACAGCAGAUGCAACAAAUCCAGCAGAUGCAGCAACUGCAGCAGAUGAAGGGGUUGCAAGAUCUGAAACUUCCCCAAGGCAUGAAAAUGCCGCAGCAGCCGAAUCAGCCGCAGAAGAUGCUUCCCCACCUUCAGCAGCAGAAUCAGAAGUCGGUCAAGUUCGCCGCCGCUGAAGAUGACGAGUUCAGUGACGACGAUUACGACGACGACGAAUUUGAUGACGAGGAUGAUUACGAUGAUGACGAAUUUGAUGACGAGAUGGACGCCGUUCCUCCCAGUAAGCCCAAGCCGAUGAUGGGAAAUGGUCACCCCGGCAUGAUGAUGAACGCCGGCGGCGGCGGUGGAAUGUUUCCGCCUCAUAUAGCUGCCGCUGCUUCCGCCGCGAAGAAGGGCGGUGGAGACGGACCGGUUCCCGUUCAUUUCAACAACGGCGGUGGAAAGAAAGGCGGUGGAGGAGGGAAUCCGAGUCACAAUCCGAAUCAAAACGGUAAAGGCGGCGGCGGCGGCGGUGGAGGUAAGCCACAAGACGGGAAAAAUGGCGGCCACGGUGGAGGUGGCGGUGGAAAGAACGGUCACAACGGCAAUAAUGGCGGUGGCGGCAACGGUAAUAACAUGAACAUGGCCGGGGGCAAGAAGGGAAAUAACGGUGGCGGUGGUGGAGCGAGCAGUAAUGAAGGCUUCAGGAGCGUGGGUGGACCCCACGGCGGUAUGGGUAUGGGCCCAAUGGGCGGCGGAAUGAACGGCUUGCCGAUGGGCCAUCAUCAAGCUCCAAUGGGCCAAAUGCCCAAUAACAUGGCGGCGGCAGCAGCGGUCCAAGGCCUACCGAUGAACGGCGGGGGUGGAGGCGGCGGCCCCCCGGUCGGUUACUUCCCCGGAUCCGGCCCGGAUGGAAUGCCCGGAAACCCAUCUCUCCAGCAACAGCAGUACAUGGCGGCGAUGAUGAACCAGCAGAGAGCAGCCGCGGCAAUAGCUGCCGGCGGUGGCGGCGGCGACCAGAGGUUCCAGCCGAUGAUGUACGCCAGACCCCCACCGGCGGUGAACUACAUGCCUCCGUACCCGUACCCAUACCCGCAUCCCCACGCUACCGACCCGUAUACGAAUUACUUCAGCGACGAGAACACCUCGAGUUGCAACGUCAUGUGAGGACGAAGACAAGCCCCGGGUCGGGUCCGGAUUGUUGAGCUGCCCGCCGGCCGUUUAGCUUGCUUAGCUUUUGUUGCGGUGGAGGAAAAUUGGGGAAGUUUGAUAUACGACAAACAACAUCGAAAUGGGUCUUCUUUAUUUCUUCUUAAUUUAAAUUUUCAUCCAAUGUUUAUUUUUAGUUUAUUUUUCAACUUUGAUAUAUUUAUUUUGGUUUUUUUUUUUUUUUACUUUUGAAUGAAGGGAGUCCAAAUUAAGGUGAACUUAGGGAGUGGGAGGGGAAGGAAGGAAGGAUUAGUAGUGUAGUAUUAGUAGUGGGGGGACUCUCUUUUUUGUUAUGGAGGAUGAUAAUGAUGUUUAUAUGUGUUUAUAUGUUGCAAAACCAAAAAUAAAGAUUUAAACACCUAAACAAAGGGAAAACAGAGAAUGUGGGUUUUGAAAGCAAGAAAGAUAGGAAAGACAAACCCCACACUCUCUUCUUCUCUUUUGCCUUAUUUAUCUCCUUGAUUUGCUCUUUUCUUUGCCUUCUUCCUUUUUCUCUUUAUGCUUUAGCCUGAUGGGAAAUAAUCAAAGCAAGGAAACUUCAGAUUUGGGUUUUUGCCAAUUUACCGAUAGCUCGAACUCAACUCGGUGCGAUUGCAAGGUCGUUGUCAUAGUUCACUAGUCUAGAAGUUGUUAAAUUCAAUUCAAUUUUGUUUAGGUUAUGGAUUCCUCAUUUUCAAGAUAAUCUAUAAUUAGAUGAUGAAUUUGUUUUGGUGGAAAUAAUUAUGUGACAAAUAAUGCAAUCGAAAUAUUUGACAAUCCACAAUGAAAUGAAUGAAAGAGGCUCUAAUUAUAAUUAAUUGGUUUGGGAUGUGGGUAUGAUGACACGCGCUGUGGAGGUGGGACCCAAAGUUCAGAAUGGUAAUAAAAUGGAGUGGGAAGGGAAGGAAGAGAAUUGGAGGGAGGACCCACUAAAAAUGACCACUAGUAGAAUUAUUAAUUAAAACUAAAUAAUAAAAAUGGGGAAGGGAAAGGUGGGGUUGGGGUUGGGUAGGGUGCAUAAUAAUUGGGGGUUUUAGCAAAUUUGCCAGAGCCUUCACAUGCCUUCCCCCUCACUUUCUCCCCGAAACACCUAAUUUGCCCUUAUCAGACUCCCAAAUUUGCAGAAAUGCCCCUUCAUAUGCAAUUUAACGCCAUUACGUCAAUGUACAUGAGUUUUGAGUUUGGGAUGUGACAAGGUUUCAGGUUCGAAUCUCAGUACCACCUUCUUGGUGUUCCUUGAGGCACCCUUGGUACACCCGAUAACGGCGGUAGCACAAUGCCGGGCACUGCGCUGUACACAAAGACACACUAGAGGGGCUCAUCCGUUCAAGGGAUUUUUUUUUUUUUUUUUUUUUGUAUACGAGGUUUUGUGUUAUUUUUACAUAGUACGAGGACUUAUUUAGCUAUAAACCCCGGAAAUGGAGCAAUGUUGUCGACAAGGACAAGCUGCUUAGGUAACUACUUCCUUUUAGGCUUAGCACAAUAGUCACAUACUGAUACUACCAUACCAUGUGGGUGAUGGAAGUAGGAAGAAAAUCUAACGGCGUUGACACUUGACAACAACGCUCCUUUUUCUUUUUUCCUUUCCUUUCUUUGCUGCUGCUGCUGCUCGUGAAUAGUCUUGUCAAAUUAGACAUUGGGGGAAUUGCUUUGUUUUGCUCUGUUUCUUGCAGAGAUGCAUUCAUCCUCUUUCUCAGUCUUCAGAAGAAUACAUCAAAACCGCCAUACCCACCACCAGAACUCCAGAAGACUACUGUUUUUCCUUCGUCUGAUGAUAUUGUCCAUGGGGAUGAUGCGUUGUUGGGUUUUGAUUGGAUUAAGGAGAGUGAUGAUGAUACUGAUGAUGAUCAUGGGAGGAAAGGAAAGGAAAGGAAAGGGCAUCAUCAUCCUCUGUUUCUCGCCAUAACUGCAACUCUGUGUCUAAUCAAAGAAGUGGGUAAGUAAAGACAGUGAUGGACGGAUGGAUGAUGGGUUGUAGGGUACAAGCAAGAAAGGUUCCCCUCUCCUCUCCUGAUUUGUUUCAGGCUUUCAGUACGUACUUUUUUCUCUCGUGAAGGACUUGUCCGUUCUUUUCAUUCAAUUCAUUUAUAUGUGGCAGUGAAAUGGUAUUCUUCAACUUCUGUAUAUACAUGGUCAUUUGUUCACAGAUGAUAGAAAAUCGUAGGGUUGGAAACCUUGUUAUCUAUAGUGAAAUGGUGUUUUUGAGGGGUUGUUUGGAGUUUGGGAUUCUCCAAAUUGAAGUAUUCAAUCAAUUUGUGUAUUGUGA